UUUUAGUUCAAGUCCCACAAUCUCCAAAGUCCGAAUGACUUAUUUCGUCUUCUUUCUUUCACACCCAAUAUAAUAACAACAUAUUAGUAGAUUCAAAGUAUAUUUGGACUUUGUCAAAGUCAGCCCUCUUCUGACAUUAAUAAAAGAUACAAGUCCAUGAUUUGAGAGCAUCCUAAAACGACAUUUUAACUAUUUUAUCGAAAACCUGCAAGUUAGGAGGUUAUUGUCCUAAACAAUUCUUUUUCUCCGUCUCCUUACUUCUUCAUCUCGAUCAUCGAUUCUGUAAGAGAUACCAAACUAGGUGUCUUCUUCUUUUAAAGCUCUUGUCUCUCUUCUUGUUUCAUUUUUGUUUUUACCAUCCUCUACAUCUUAAGUACCUCAAUUUGUUUGAGGUUACUCUUCUCUUGAUCAUUAAUGGGCAAGGCAAAAUCAAUGGUCUCACUCUUGUUGGUGCUCUUCCUUAAGAUUCUUGUUCGAGCUCAGAUGACAAAGACAUCAACAGAGUUCAUUUUCCGAGGUUUUAAAGGAAACCGAUCAGAAAUUCAGAUGGAAGGAGAUUCAACCAUUAGACCCAACGGACUAUUGAGGCUCACGGAUAGAAAGUCAAACGUUACCGGUACAGCUUUCUACCACAAACCAGUAAGAUUGCUGGAGACUAACGAAAGUUCCACAAAUGCCACCGUUCGCUCCUUUAGCACUUCUUUCAUCUUUGUAAUAAUCCCUUCAAGCUCAAGCAACGGAGGUUUCGGCCUCACAUUCACUCUAUCUCCAACUCCAGACCGCAAAGAUGCGGAAUCCGCACAGUACUUGGGGCUUCUAAACGAAAGAAACGACGGUAAUCUGAGCAAUCACGUCUUUGCUGUGGAAUUCGACACUGUACAAGGAUUCAAAGACGGCAAAAACAGAAUUGGGAACCACAUAGGUCUAAAUUUCAACAGUCUCUCUUCAGAUGUCCAAGAACCUGUGGCUUAUCACAACAAGAACGAUAGUCAGAAAGAGGAAUUCCAACUGACGAGCGGCGAGCCAAUCCAUGUCGUCUUGGAAUAUCACGGGCCAACCAAAAGGCUUAACCUCACUGUUUACCCAACCAGAUUGGGAUAUAAACCAAUAAUUCCCUUGAUCUCGCGAGAGGUUCCAGGACUGUCAGAAAUUUUGGAGGACGAAAUGUUCGUCGGGUUCACAGCAGCGACGGGGAGAGAUCAAUCGAGUGCUCAUUAUGUGAUGGGUUGGAGUUUCUCAAGCGGCGGAGACCACCCAGUCGCAGCUGUGCUCGACCUCUCGGAGCUUCCUCCUCCGCCUCCGAAUAAGGCCAAGAAGAGAGGCUACAGUGGUAAGGUCAUCGCUCUGAUCGUGGCUUUAUCGACCGUUAUAUCGAUCAUGAUGGUUUUGUUGUCACUCUUCAUGAUGUACAAAAAGCGAAUGCAACAAGAAGAGAUCCUAGAAGAUUGGGAAAUCGACCAUCCUCACAGAUUUCGAUACAGAGAUCUCUACAAGGCUACAGAUGGAUUCAAGGAGAACAGGAUCGUCGGAACCGGAGGGUUCGGAACUGUUUUCAGAGGGAACAUCAGAACAUCGUCUGAUCAAAUCGCAGUGAAGAAGAUAACUCCGAAUAGUAUGCAAGGUGUUCGAGAAUUCAUCGCAGAGAUCGAGAGUUUGGGACGGCUAAGACAUAGGAAUCUGGUGAAUCUCCAAGGAUGGUGUAAACACAAAAACGAUCUCUUGUUGAUUUACGAUUAUAUCCCAAACGGAAGCUUGGACUCUCUGCUCUACACUAAACCGAGAAGGAGCGGCGCUGUUUUAUCUUGGAAAGCGCGUUUUCAGAUCGCAAAAGGAAUCGCGUCUGGCUUGUUGUACCUCCACGAAGAAUGGGAACAGAUCGUGAUUCACAGAGACGUGAAACCUAGCAACGUUCUCAUUGACUCCGAUAUGAACCCUAGACUGGGAGAUUUCGGACUCGCGAGGCUUUACGAACGCGGAUCGAAAUCGCGAACCACCGUUGUCGUCGGGACGAUUGGGUAUAUGGCGCCGGAGCUAGCCCGCAACGGAAACUCCUCAGCCGCUUCCGACGUUUUCGCGUUUGGCGUUUUGCUGUUAGAGAUCGUCACCGGGAGAAAACCUACCGACUCUGGGACCUUCUUCAUAGCCGAUUGGGUAAUGGAGCUACAAGCGAGCGGUGAAAUCCUCAGUGCGAUCGAUCCGAGACUUGGAUCAGGUUACGACGAAGGAGAGGUGAGGCUUGCUCUCUCCGUCGGCUUGCUCUGUUGCCACCAUAAACCGGAAUCCCGGCCGCCGAUGAGAACGGUGAUUAGGUACCUAAACAGAGACGAGGGUGUUCCUGAGAUUCACGAUAAUUGGGGUUAUUCAGAUUCUUCAAGAACCGAUUUAGGAUCUAAACUCGUUGGAUACGUAUCGUCUGAUAGGGCUUCGAGCUCACACUCACACACAUCUUCGUCUCUCACAAGGAUCUCUUCAACAUCAUUUAUCAGUGGUAGAUAAAAUUAGAUAGUGGCACUACUUUGACACAUUCAAGCCUUUUUUUAACUCUCUCUCUCUCUCUCUCUCUCUCUCUCUCUCUC